AUGUUCAAAAAAGUUUUAGAUUGGAUUAGAAGCCUCUUUUGGAAUAAAGAGCUUGAAAUUUCCAUAGUUGGCCUUUAAAAUGCAGGAAAAAGUACUUUAGUUAACACAUUAGCAACAGGAAAAUUUGAUGAAGAUACAAUUCCUACAAUUGGAUUCAAUUAAAGAUAAAUUAAAAAAGGAAAAAUAUAAAUGAAGCUUUGGGAUUUAGGUGGUCAGCCUCGUUUCAGAGAAAGUUGGGAAAAAUAUUGCAGAGAUGCCGAUGUUAUAAUAUUUGUUGCUGAUGCUGCAGAUCUAGGAAAUAUUGAUAUAGCUCGCACACAACUUCAUUAACUAAUUAGUUUUCCUUCACUUGAUGGAAUUCCUUUACUUGUAUUAGGCAACAAAAAUGACAUACCUAAUGCUCUAACUGUUUAAGAUUUAAUAAGUUAAUUCGAUUUAAAUAGUAUUAAAGAUAGAAAAGUAGCCUGCUAUAGCAUAUCAGCUAAAAAUUCUAACAAUAUUGAUGAAGUAAUGAAGUGGUUAACUGAUCUCCCUAAGCGUAAGAAAUGA